GAAGGUCACGGAGCGAACCGACGCCAUAGGGGCCCGCGCGCCGUCGUUAGCGGAGGAGGGAGGGAAAGAAAGAGCGAGCGAGCAGGGGCGAGCUGAGCCUGAGCGCGGCGGCUCCCUCCACUUGGAGGGAGAAGCAGCUGGCCCGGCCCGGCCCGACCUGGCCCGGCUCUGCUCGGCAGAUGCUUUCCCUCAGCCCCGUGAUGGCGGCCGGGCUGAGCUGAGCCCGACGACUCGGAUGUGGCGGGGUGAGGAGGAAACCAAUGGACGUUAUGGAAAGCCCACUGAACCUGGCUCACCAGCAAAGCAGAAAGGCGGAACGUAUGCUAGCAGCAGGAAAAUAUGCUGAAGCAAUUGAUUGUCAUGGGAAGGCUGCAGACCACCUUGGAGAAGCCAUGAAGCUAACACAUUCAGAACAGGUAUGCGUCAAGCGAGGAAAUGCAAUCUGUUCACAGGCUUUAUUGUCGUUGGAGCUCCAGAGGGACAGUCAUAUCAAACAUCAGCUUUUAAUUCAUGAGAGAUGGAAGAGAGCUAAGAGAGAAGAAAAGCUGAGGACUCAGUUACACCCAGCAGCAUCAGACAAAGAGAUUGAUCCACAGUCAGUGACAAAACUAGCCUCAGAUGAAUCCGAUGGACUGAAGUCACUUUCUGCGAGUGUAGAAUCAGGUAGCCUUAACAAGGAGGAAUAUCAGGGACAAAUUCACGAUUUGUUUGCUCGGGAACCAGAUACUCUUCUAUUUCUGUUGGAAAAGAGGCACGUUGCUUUGAAGAUCUGUGCAGGGAGCAAAACGCCUAAAGAUGACAGGACAAGGAUUGAGGAGCAAGAGAUGAAAAUUACUGAACUCAAAAGACUUGUUGACCUACUUCUCGCUGAUAAUGAGAGGUUAAAGAAGGAGAAUAAGCAGCUGAAGACAGAGAAUGCAAGGCUUAGAGAUUCCCCAUUGGAGAAGGAAUUGGAUGUGGAUUCAGACUUUGUGAAGUCGGAGUUAUGGUGCCUGAGUCAACCGUCUAAUAAUGCCACCAAUGCUGGGAAAGCAAAAGACAUUCCAAUCCCCAACCUUCCUCCUCUGGAAAUGCCAGCUCAGGACAUUUCAUUGGAUGAUCUCCCCCUUUUAGAACUUCCUGAGGAGGUUGUGUGCAACCUUAAAGAACUAUUGGACAACCAAAAGGAAACCUCAAAAGACAAACAAUAGGGAGUAUACUUGCAAAAAAAAAAAGUUUGUUAACAAAUAAAUGGUACAGUGCCUCAGAAUAGCAGUGAAUGUUCCUGUUGUGUGUACGACACGAGUGCCAGAUGAUCGUAUGAUUGAUCUUCAUGACUUUCCUAUCCAGAUGGACUGGGGCACUGUUUACAACUGGGUACUCGCCUCCACGAAUCAGCCUGUGCCACUCAGUGAACUCUUGAUGUGAUGUGUAUUUCAAAGCCAAUCAGGAACAUUACAUGUAUUUCUACUGUAUAAUGAGGGAACCAAAUCAACAACUUCUGAAUGAUCAGUUUACAUUACAAUAAUUGGGGUGCAUCAUUGUAUACCUUUUUUACUGUACUCUUUCAAUCUAAACAAAUUACUCAAUGUGAUAUGAAUUGUCUAAAGACAAACUGUAACUGUUUUGUUGAUGCAUGAAUGAAUAAAAUAGUAUCAGUAUUUGAUUUGAAGAUCAGAUAAUUAAAUAAAAUACUAUCCUUGCAAUUUUA